ACGGGGACCCCUCAGCCAAUGCGAAGAGAGUUGCUAUGCUUAGCGCUUUUGCUGACAGCUUCUGUUUGUGCUCCAGUAAUCAGCCUCAGUGGUGAUCGGUUGAUGGCUUUUUCUGCAGGGAGAAUGAGCCCCCGUUCUUUUAUCAUAAAGGACUGCGUUCUCGUUGUGAACAUGGAUGGCGCUCGCGAGUAAUAUGUCCUUGAAGUUCUUUUGUAAUUUUUUCUCCAUUUGAUUCGCUCUGGCUGAGUCUCGGCAUGCAAUUUUUAACGGUGCAAUUAUUACUUCACCAACGAGGAAAAAUGGAAUGAGUUUUUGCUGGUGAUUCAUAAUGUCAUGCUUCUAAUCGGACAAUAUCGUUCUUCUAGGCCCCACUGUUUUUGUUUAUAUUGCAUUUAUGAUAUGUCAUCGUAAUCGAAUCGUUCCAAAGCAGCGAGGCUUUUAGAUAUCUUUGCCCUGACCUACUAUGCACUCUACUGUCCCUAGACUUCUAUGUUCUCCUUUGGGACAUUUGAUAAAACUCUGUCCAUUGUACACAAAGCACAUAAUUAUGUAACCAUAUAUUUUUAAUGCAUCCCAGUGGAACCUUUUUUGAUUAGAUUGUACUUUUUUAUAUUUAUGGAAAGUGCUCUUUUGAAACUUACAGUUGCAAUUUUAAGCUGGUUAACCACAAUGCCACUGAACAAUGAACGCCCAACCUCCACAUCUACGACAAAGAGUGAGGACCAGUGCAGUGACACGGAGUCCUCCGAUCGGUGUGACAGCAUGACAUCGAGUGACUUUGAGUGCUCCCGUCAAAGCUUCACCAGUGACUCCUCCAGCAAGCACAGCUCCCCCUCCUCAAGCCCUCCAAAAACCAUAACACUUGAUGAGGUCAUGACCUCUGCCCGGGACCUGUCAAACUUGAGUUUGGCUCAUGAGAUCAUCAUGAAUCCCAACUUCAAGGUAGAGCAACUGGACCUCCCACAGAACAGUUUGGAGAAAAGGGUGAAAGACAUUGUCCACAAGGCAUUCUGGGAUAGGUUGGAGUCGGAACUGAACGAUGACCCUCCGGAAUAUGAACAUGCCAUCAAACUUCUGGAGGAGAUCAGAGAGAUCCUGUUGUCGUUCCUGAAUCCCGGAGCCAACCGCCUACGUACCCAGAUCUCUGAGGUUUUGGACCUGGACCUGAUCCGUCAGCAGGCUGACAACGACGCAGUGGACAUCCAGGGGAUUGCCGAAUACAUCAUCACUGUCAUGGGCAAGCUGUGUGCCCCCGUCAGGGAUCACGAGGUCAAGAGGCUGAAGGAGGCUUCUCCCAACAUUGUAUCAAUGUUUAAGGAGAUUUUCCGAGUCCUGGACCUGAUGAAGAUGGACAUGGUGAAUUUCACUCUUCAGACCUUCAGGCCAGAGUUACAGAGGCAGUCCGUGGAGUACGAGAGAGCCAAGUUCCAAGGCAUCGUGGAGAAGCUUCCCAAUGCCCUGGACCACACCAAAGAUUGGAUCAAAGUGUGUCUGGAGGAGCUCCUGCUCUACGUUCCUGUCAGCGCUGGCAAGAACGUCCGAGCCUUGCCUAGCCCCAUGCUGGUGCUCAACACGGCCUACAUUAAGCUCCUGGCCUGGGACUACCAGAAGCACCCUCUCCCUGAGACUCUGAUGACUGAUGAGCAGCGCCUGAAGGAGCUGCAGAGAGGUCUCCAGCUGAUCCAGAUCGUGGCGGCCAUAUUGCUGAUCGUGCACAGCGCGAUGGGUGGCCCCAUCUCCGGCCUGCCCGCGUUGACCGAGCGACUGAAGAAGAUGACCAGCGUGCUGCUGGAGGGCAUGCACAGCCAGAACUUUAACAUGCCAGAAGCUCUGGAGGGUGUGAGUGCUCAGAUCUGCUCUGAGCUGAACAAGUCCCUCACAGAGCGGGACUACCCCGCCCUUCCACCUGAGCUGCAGGCCACCCUGAGGGGACAGAUCUGCAGCGUCACCCAGGAGGACAACCCUGUCAGCAGCCUCAUCGAGGAGAGAGUUCAGCUCUAUUUCAAGAGCUUCCUGGCCAUGCCCAGUUCCCAUUUGACUGCACCCCCUACACCUGGUGGCCUCGCCAUGAUCCAGCCCGAGCUGGCUGCCCUGGCAGCCAGCUUCGUCAGCAUGGUCAACUUCAACAAGCAGGUGUACAUGCCCUUCUACGUGGGCAUCCUGAAGAGUCUGCUCUUCAGCGUCGAACCCCAGAGCUCGCCCAGGGAGGCACCCGCUGCCCAGGUCAACCCCCAGUAAACUCUGUGGGGAAAUAUCAGGCUCACUUCCAGCGUGCGCCUGCCCGUACUGUCAAUGGCAUUCUGAGUUUGAGUGCAGCCUUUAUUGUGUUUGGCAGAACCUAGAGCUGAACGUCAGCGCACUGUAGUAGGAUUGCAAUGCAUUCUGAAUGCUGCAUAAAAAAAUACGUCUGACUCGGUGCUUUUAAAAAAAAAAAAAAAAAAAAAAAAAACAGGGAGUCAAAAAGAACCUUGUGGCUCAUUCCAAAAUGUGCUCUGUUUGCCUGUAACAAUGACCGUUAUGUAGAUUCCUUAACGUGUUUAUUAAAUAAAAUCAUUUUCAGACUGCACCCAUGACUUACUAAUCAUGCAUAAUGAAUUAUCUAUUUUUGUGCAAUUUGCAGCUUGAUUGUGUAAUGUCAAAAUGGUUUUAAUAGUGAAUUCUCCUGUUGUUUUGGAGAAUAUUAACUGAAGAUGUAAAUGCACAUUCACAAAUUACUAUGAUUGCUUAGAGAUAUAUAUAUUAAUAUUUCCUAAAGGGAAAAGCUAUAUUUAUAGGCAUGUACCCUGUUUUAUAAAACAAGAUUUUUAGAUUGAUUAUAUGUUUUAGUUUGGAGUCAUUAUUGUUACAAACUGGAGUGAGAAAAUUUUAAAAAAUGUAUUGUCAUUUACUUGUGUGUUUGUGUGCCACUGUUUAAUACCAACAUAACUAUUUGUACGGUCCUGAUUUUUUUUCAUAUAUUUAACUCAAUCUCCGUGAAAAAAAGAUCAGUUAGUAGCUGAUUUGAAACAACUUAGUGACUGAGCUACAAUCUUUGUGAAAGACAGGUCUGUAAAGUUGAAGUGGGAAUUGAUAAAUUAACCAGGUUUGGUGGUUUGAAUCGGGAAUUUUUAGAAAAGAUAUUUUGGUUAAAGGUGGUUAUGAUAUAAUCAACUAGCAUGUCUGCCGGCCAGUGAGAAGUUUGACUAUUGAGGGAAAUUAUAAGAAUGGAAUUAUUUCAGUGAGUGCGUUUUCCUAAAGCAUUUCUUACAAUAUUUAAGUGUCAUGUGACAAAUGUUUAAAUGUGCAGUGGAACUGUUAUGUUCAUUUACUGUCCGUUUCCUCUUUGUGUUGCAAAUGUCGUAUGCCGUGUCCAAAUUAAUGUUGAGGGUUUUGUAGGUGUGAUAUUUUUUUUGUUUAGUAUCAUGCGAAAAGUAGCCUAUACUUUAAAACGUUUUCUAAAGCCGUAUUGUACUAAUCAAUAUUGCACAGAAACGUUUACAUUUGAUUAACAAGUGGUCCUGAUGACAGAGGAUCGCUUACAUUUAAAAUGUCUACAAUUUCCUUAUGUAAUGUACAAUGUUGCCAUUGUUGAAAUAAACUUGAAGCAUCCAA